UUACUCCGUUUCCCUCGUGUGAAGAGUAUUUACCCUAAAUACGCCGAUAAAAAGGUAGUUAUAGAAGUAGAGGCUCUUUCUCUUAUCCGCGAAAGGAUAAGUAUCGCGAACUUUAUAUUACAAAUUUUCGAGAUCAAUUUCGACCGAAUCGGAAGUUUACCUACGCUAAGGACUACGUAUAAAAAUAGGCCUUUUAAACUUAUAUACAAUAAUUUCGGCCUAGUAAAUAUAAUUAUAAAAAGUGAGAAAGAUCUUAUAAUUAUCAGGGUUAUAGACCUUAAGUGGUGGCUUCUUUAUAACCGACUAGUUAAUGAAGAGUGGGAUUUUAAGGAUAGUAACCCUCCCGAAGCCACUAAAUAG